GCCUCGACUUCCGUUCCUGCGCACUAACCCACCGACAUGGCGCUGGCGAAGUCCGUCUACAAUCUGCUCUUCAGGAGAACGUCAACUUUCGCUGUAACCAUCAUGGUUGGAGCGGUGCUCUUUGAAAGACUAUUCGACCAUGGUGGCGAAACGAUUUUCGAGCAAAUGAAUCGCGGGAAACUAUGGAAACACAUCCAACACAACUAUGAGAACAAAGACGAGGAAUAGGACGUUUCUCCGGGGUCAUCUAAGGCUGAAGUGCAACUGCUGUCACACUUCCUACAUCCAUUCUCCCUGGACUCCACACCUGAAACAAGCAUCAGUCAACAUGGACAUUUUGCCCAAAGUCACACCCGGGCUGACAACGGCUACCCGAGGACCUGCGGGAGCUGACUGACUGCCCAGACCACCAUGAAGAUGGACAAAUGGUCCCUAUCACCUCGUCCCUCCCUCUGUUGGUGUUUGUAAUGCCCUCGUUCUACUUACAGAUUGUAAAUGUUUAAAUUAAACGUGUUAAUGUCA